AUGAGCAGUUCAGAAGAAGAAAUAUCUGCGAUUGCAUGUGCAUUUGAAGCUGAAGAGAAAAUAAAACGAAUUUGGGUCGAUAAAAUAAAUAUAAAUCGGGACGAGUCGCUACCGGCCUCUCCAACAUCAACAUCGUCAUCCCCGCCAGUCCGGCUAACAUUCCGCGCCACACCUGGAGCGGGUAGCCCACCGCGCACGCCCUCAUCGUCUCAGCCAUGGGACGCGGUCUUGCGCGGAGAUACCCUCUACGUGACUCCACCGGGUUAUCUUGCCGAAGGCAGUAGGGAAGCAUUCGUUGCAUUACUUGAGGCCGCCGAGGAUCAGCUCAAGUGCAAACAUGUCGUUGUUGUAAGUAUGCAUAUAUCCGCAUUUGUAGCUUGCUCAACUAAAUAA